UUUGGCUCCAGCUUCGCGCAGAUGCCACUGGUUAGGGGCCACUCGAGCCCCUCCCGCGCGGGCUCGGGCGUUCCGGAUCCCAGGAGAUGGCACAUGUUGAGCAUGUACAUUGUCCUGGCGGUGCUGAACCAGACACUGUGGCUGAGCUUUGCUGCCACGCCCUAUGCCAUCGCCCGCCGCUUCGACAUAGACGAGCGCUUCGUUUCAUCGCUGGCUGUGCUGUGCAACGCCGUCUACGUCCCCGGCAGCUGGCUUUGCACUUGGCUCCUGCGCAGCUUUGGCCUAGCCCGCGUCGUGAAGGUGGCAGCCGGACUACAGCUGGCUGGGAGCCUUCUGCGCUGGUUGGCAGAUCUGGUGCUGCGGCCGAUCUCUGGGCCUGGGGCCUUCUUGGGGCUUUGCCUAGGUCAGGGCGUCGCAGCAUUUGGUUCUCCGCUGAUCAUGAAUACUCCUGCGGUCUUCGCGGAUGCUUGGUUCGGGAAGCGCGAGCGGGAGGCAGUGCUGGCAGUGGGCGCUCUGAGCCCCAUCUUCGGCCAGGGCCUGGGCUCGGCCAUCGCCGGCUUCGUGAUCCACGGGGACCUCGCGCAAGGCACGCAGCAGCUGCUGCUGGGGCAGGCACUGGCCAGCGGUGCCGUGGCGCUGUGGGUUGUACAGUUCAUCGAUGCCCCCGGCGCCGAGCGCGACGAGGACGACGACACAUCAAGGAGCUCGCAGCAGAUGCUGCGGCUGCUGUGUCGCCCGCACUUUGUGCUGAUCCUGGUAAUCUUCAACUGCGGCAUGGCGCUUGCCGCAUCGACCUUGACGUUCUUCGGUGAGAUCGCGGAGGACUGUGGUUACCAGACCACCGAAGCGGGCGCGGCCAGCGGACUCUUCAUGAUAGGCGGGGUGCUGGGCUCCUUGGCUACGGGCUCCGUGCUGGGCGCCUUCCGUGCCUAUCGCACCGUUCUGCGGGCCACGGUGCUCCUUGCCGUGAGCAGCGGCUUGCUGUUCCUCGUGAUGCUGCGCCCAGAGAAUUUGGCCGGCGUGCUGGUGUCCGGGAGUUUCUUCGGCAUGUUCAUGCUCAGCGCUCUGCCAGCGCUCCUGUCAAAUGCCGUGGAGGAGACUUUCCCCACGCCACCGGAGAUCUCCACCACGUUGCUCUUCAACUCUGCGAUUCUGCUGCAGGUCUUCUUUACCCCUCUCUCCCAGAUCGUGCUGGAUGGACAGCAGGGAGCGUGUGCAUCCUGGGGCUCUGCGUAUAGCAUGUUUAACCUGUACAUUGGGCUCUUUGGCUGUUUAUUGCCAGCGCUUUUCUACUGCGGGAAGAACAACCGGCUGUUGGCAGAGUUGGCUCACGACGAGUCUUUGACUAGCGGCUGAGGCG